AUAGAAAGGAGAGAAGACAAGACAGUAGAGAGUAGAGGUGCUUAAGGCGGCGUCAGCAUAGUCUAACCUUUUCACCGUGACUAAGUAAACGCCUGGAUGUAAAAAAAAAAAAAAAAAAAGCUCCACCCACUUGCCCUUACCUCCACUUCUUGCUCUAUGCUGCCCUGAGUCCGAUGGCAAAGCAUGACCCGAACGAGCCCCCUCCUCCUUACUACUCUGUUGCUGUGCACACCCAGCCUCCCCUCAAGUCCUAUGAGGAGGUGGUGUAUGGCAAGGGUUCAGGCUUGACACCCCCUACCCAGCCACAUUACAUCCCCCAGUAUCCACCACCUGGGACAGUUUCCCCAGUCGUGUGUCCAAGCAUACCUCCGGGCAGUAAACGGAAAAGAUGCUGUGCAACUAAUUCCCGAUGUUAUGGAGGCUCCGGGGGAAUCCUCCUGGUCCUGGCUCUGAUGGCUUUGGCCAUCUGGCUUGGAGUGCGUUAUGGCACUAGGAUAGCAACAGUAGCGAUCCUCUACGAUGAAGAUGAUGAUGACAAAAUUGAAAAUCCUCCUGUAUCGAAGAAUGAAAACUGCCCUGAAAAUUCUGUCCAGUGCGAUGGGAUAAAAAACUGUCUGCUGGGCAGUGAUGAAACAGUCUGUGUGAGGUUUGGUGAUGGAAGCAGUCUGCAGGUCAGGACUGCUGAAGAUGGUCGCUUCUUACCAGUGUGCGCCAAUGGCUGGGACCAACGCUACGCUGACCAAACUUGUGCUCAACUAGGAUUCAAGAACUCCCAUUCCACUCAAGCAGUACCUUUCCAAGGCUCCCUUUCUCUUCAAAUGAACAGAAGAUCAUCUUCACUUGUCCAGAGUCUGGUCAAUGUCAGUACUUCUUGCCCUGGCCAAGAGAUUGUCUCCCUGCAGUGUGUGGACUGUGGCCGUCAACAGUCCACAUCCCGGAUCAUAGGUGGCAGCAUAGCUAAGGUGGGUCAGUGGCCCUGGCAACUGACUCUCCACUACAGAGGGUCCCACGUCUGUGGAGCAGUCCUGGUCUCACCUUAUUUUGUGCUGACUGCUGCUCAUUGCUUUCCAAGCAACCCUGAAUCGAAACCUCUUAACCCAAGGGACUGGAAGGUUUAUGGCGGAGUUGUGUCCCUGGACGAAUUACCACAACCAUAUGUGGUUGAGAAGAUCCUGGUCAACGAGAACUACAACAGCAAGACUAAUGAUCAGGAUGUGGCUCUGCUUAAACUUGCAUCACCAGCUGUCUUCAAUGAUAGAGUCCAGCCAGCUUGUCUGCCUUUUUUUAACAAAAAAUUUGCCCAUGGAACUGAAUGUUGGACCUCAGGCUUUGGUACCACUGAUGCAGGAUCAAACAGGGUUUCUAAUUCUCUAAGAGAGGUGACUGUUGACAUCAUUGAGAGGCAAGUAUGCAACAGCCCUAGAAUGUACGGGGGAACCGUUACCAAGAACAUGAUCUGUGCUGGGCACCUGUCCGGAGGCAGAGAUUCUUGUCAGGGUGAUAGUGGAGGACCUCUGGUAUGUGAGUCAGAAAACGUUUGGUACCUGGCAGGAAUUACCAGUUGGGGGUCUGGCUGUGGUUUAGAAAACAAACCUGGUGUUUACACCAAAGUUACCAGUGUUUUGCCAUGGAUCUACAGCAAUAUGCAGCGAGAGAGGCCCUGAUGCCACUUGUCUGGUACUCUUGAUUUACCUCCCCAGUCCCCAAAGAGCUCUGCACUAUGAACUCAUCUCAGAGUGAUGAAUGAAGAAUGAAUUAAUGAAGGAGUACUGUAGACAUGAAGAAAGGAUGGGUGAAAGUAUAGAUGUUAUCUGCUGGCUUGGUGGAGCAGCAGUAACAAAACAUUUGUCUUUAACCUCCACAUCAUCUAUACUUGCAUGACUACAGCCAUGUGUUUGUUUUAUAUGUGUAUAACUUAAACUUGAUUAUUGAUGCACACUAAUCAAGGCACUGACUUCAGGCUUGCAUUCUUGAUUUAAUCCCUCUGCGUGUAUUUGUGUGUAUGUAGACACACAUAUAUAUAUAUAAAACCCUUCUCUUGUGUUCUGUGCAAAUGCAGCCAACUCUGCUGUGAUAUCUUUAAUAUAGUUUUAGGAUUGGCUCCUGAAAAGUUAGAGGUGUGUUUUUUGACACACAUCUCAGGUUAUUCAAUGCUGCUGACCUUGUUAAAAUAAAAAAGGAGCACUUUAUGUAUUCACUUUGGGAAGAAAGAAAUCAGUGUGACUUGGUAACUCUAAUGAGCUGGCACUCUGUGCACCUACACCUCCUUUUGUACUCACACUGUGAAUAUUUUUCAUUCAGAAAUUAUGCUUACAUUACAUACCUGUUUUGUUCUUUAUGUUUAAUAUUUACCUAUGUUGGCCAUGUUGAUUUUUCUAUUUUUCUGUGGGAUUAUUGCUUUAAUUGUCAAUAAAUAGAUCAGAUAAACAUUAAAAUUAUUGUAAGUCUGUAUUGUGAAACUAAUCAAGUACAGAAUAAAGUCUUGACCACAAGAUGAA